AUGGCAUACACACAGAGAGCGGGCAAGCUUGCCCCUCGGCUCGCUCAAGAUAUCCAGCUCUACGACCCAGACCAUCCUCCCCCUACCGGCCUGAACCUGCUUUCUCAAGUUCCUCCGGUGUAUCCCAACAGAGACGACCACAUGCAUGACUUCAUCUCGCCAGAAGCAUGCAAACACAAUUAUGUGACUAAAGCAAACCAAACAUGGCUGGCAUCAGCCGACCAGCUUCGGAGGCCUGGAAUGGCAUCAAAGGUGGCGGCCAUGUGCACCAAGUGUCGCCGCCAUUUGCAAGUGGUUGUCAAUCAUAACAACCCUAAAGGCUCCUACACCAGCUUUCAAAAACAAGACCAUGUUCAUCACCUUGUCUACAAGUCAGGAAGGCAGGGGGGCAGCGCAAGUCUAGAAGUGACAGAUUAUGGGCAGGUGGCAGAGACAUACCACUAUGAAUGCACCCAUCUUUCAUGCUCGGCCAUGGUGUCACUGCGGAUUCUGUCUCCUCUAAUCAACGACCGACUUGUCUACUUGUUGACAGACCCCGACGCAAUUCGAAAGCGCGCAGAGGAGGCGAUCGCCGCCAACCCGGAUCGCCUGGAAGGAAUGGCUAUUCCCUUGCCGAUAACUGUUCUAGACAAUCUUCGCACAUAUCUGAACAACUCCCUGAACCGCAAGGAGCUUAACAAACCCAUUUCUGCCAGCAAUAAGCGGUUUAUGGUCGCAUUUGGCAAGAACGGAAUCCCUUGCCAAGAAUUGCUCGAGUUUUUUAAGUUUACCCAUCUUGAGAGUGGCGCUUGGCAACCUCCCAAACCCGAGCUCGAAGCGAACCCGAUUCCGCCUUUCCAGAAGCUCGACUCAAUCUUUCUGGACGACGCCAUCCUUGAAUUGCAGGCUCUCAUACAUCACCGUCCCCCCCAGGAGAAGAGGGUAGUUCAGACCUCUCUACCGCCGUCAUCCUCGAGCGAUAUUUUACGUGCUCUCGACGCAUCGGACUAUCCCCGAUCUCGGCAUACAAACACGUUUGAAUUGGCGCCUGCCCCAUUUUAUGAAGAUCUCGGGGCUGUCGAAGACAUGGAUGCCUCCUUGAUUGUAGAGGCAUACAAUCGCCAAGUCGCCGUGGACGCAGGCAAUUCUUCACUCUACUUGGAGUCUCUCAAAGCAAUUGGCACUCUCCGUGGUGGUCAGGAUUGGGAGAUAAUCGACCAAGCAGUUCAGGUUGCGUACGCAGACGGAAAAUACACAAAUGACGACGUGAUCGAAGCCUACAAGUAUUUCGGCUUGUGGCAUGACGACCCAAACCUGACUGAUGACACAAUCACCGGGAAGUUUUAUGCAUUCCUCAGUGCUGCGGGAUCUCAUGAAACCGAAGCGAGACAGCAACUCUGGAGGAUUGGGAACAGCAGAGCGAGUGAGCGGAUUAAAGCUGUCUCCGAAGACCGCGUAUCUACUGUCGAGCAAGCGCAUGUCUUCCUCGGAGUUGAUGACAAGACUCCUGAUGACUUUAUUAUCACAAUGUACACAGCCAAAGUCAAUGAUAGCCCAUCGUGUAGGGAUACAGCAGACCGGGCCAUGAAACUGAUUGCAGAGUCUCGUAACUCAAUCGUGCUCAAUCAUUUCCACAGCACAGGAGAGACAGUCGCAGGGCAAAUGGACAUUGGCGAUGCUUACCGCCUACUUCAAAUCCCCGAUCGUACCGCCGACGAAGACGCCAUCCUGGCCGCCUACACGAUCUGCAAGGACGACAGCCCUGACCAAGAGAUCCUCUACGCUCGUGCUUUAAGCGUGAUCGCUAAAGAGAUGGACAGCCAACUUCUCAAGAACUUCGCUGGGGUGUCCUCCGAGGUGACGACACAGAACCCGUCAGAGUGGCCUGUCGGUUUGCAGAAUAUCGGCAAUACUUGUUAUCUCAACAGCCUGCUUCAGUUCUAUUUCUCGGUCCGCCCGUUUCGCGAUAUGGUACUCGACAUCGAAAAAUACCAAAUGGAUAUGAGCGACGUCCAGAGCUUGGCACAGAAGAAGGUCGGCUCGCGCAAGGUGACUGCAAAGGAAGUCGAACGGUCGCUUAAAUUUAUCAGGGAGCUUCGUUCACUUUUUCAAAACAUGACCAUCUCGACACAGACCUGCGUAACUCCUGGCAGAGAACUCGCUAGGUUGACACUCAUCAGCCCCGGAAACGAGGAAGCUAUUCGCCGUAGAUCGACGAUAUCAAAAAUCCAAUCUUCUCUGGGAGACAUCGACGGAGCACCCAUCCUUGGCCCCCUCGGGCCACCUCAGCCUUUGGUCGAACUCAAGAGUGAACAGCCUGCAACCUCGGGUCCUAGCCAGGAAGAACACAUAAGGAGCCCCGCGAUGGAUGAUGCGCCGAGCGACAAAGCCUGGACCCCCGUGUCCGGAAGUAACGAAUCGAAGUCAUCUGUGCAGCCUACUAGUGAAAUGGAGAACACGCAAUCUCAACCGGAAAAGACACUGCCAAAGACCGAGGAUUAUGAGAUGGUCGAUGCCACUAGCGAUCCCCCAGUCGCCCCUGAACAUCCCAGUCGCCCUCCGCCGGUUCCGCCCAGACAUAGCGUCGAAGUCGACCCUCAGCAGCUGCUGCUCGAAGAGGUCGAAAUCGGUGCUCAACAGGACGUCACGGAAGUCAUCAACAACGUCCUCUUCCAGAGCCAGUGUGCCAUAAAACCGCGGGCCGUGGCUAGUGACGGUGAACAGGUCGACCAGAUCAAAGACUUGUUUUAUGGUGAAACUCGAUCUUAUAUCUCUACCCAAGCUGGCAUCCGGUCCAAGGAAGAACGGUGGUGUGACAUCAAGGUUGAUGUGGCACACGGAUCGCGCGACAUCUACUCUGCAAUCGAUGGUGCCUUUGAUGCCCAAAAGAUCAGCGUGGAAAACUCCGAAGCCGAGCAAUUCGGUUCAAUCACACGUCUUCCCCCUAUUCUCCAGAUUCAAGUACAGCGAGUGCAGUUCGAUCCGGUGAAGAAGAGCUCCUUCAAGUCGACAAAUCACUUGAAACUACUGGAGACGAUCUACAUGGACCGAUACAUGGAUACCCAGAAGCCAGAAAUCGUGAAUAAACGCCGUCAAGGGUGGGAGUUGAAGAGAACUCUCAAGUUGCACGAGGACCGCAAGUUAGAACUCAUGCGAAAGCAGGAGUCCGGCGGUCAAAACCUGACGUCGCUGUUCCACAGUACCGGCAACGUGCUUCGAGAGCUACCGUGGGAUGAAGAAGAUGUUGAGACAAGCGAGCCGCUCGUCAACGAGGUCAAUAGCUCCUCUUUGACCAUUGACGCUGAGCUUGAAGAUCUCGACAAGGAGAUUGCGAACACGCAAACCCAGAUCUCUGGUCAAUUUGCCGAAUAUCAGAACCUUCCAUAUCGAUUGUACGCAGUCUUCGUGCACCGUGGAUCUGUUUCAUUCGGCCACUACUGGAUCUACAUCUAUGAUUUCAAUCGCGAUAUGUGGCGCAAAUACAACGACGAGUAUGUGACUGAGGUUCAGAACCUGGACGAAAUUUUCAAGAACAAUGAUCCAGCCAAUCCGCCAACCCCUUACUUCCUCGUUUACAUUAAUGCCAACAUGAGAGAUCGUCUGGUCGACCCGGUCUGCCGCGACAUCCACGAACACAAGGCGGCUGUGCCGAAGUCCGAAACGAACACCGCAGAGGUCGUUCAGCCAACCGAGGAAAACUCAGGUGAGCAUUUGAGCGCCAUGGAUAUUUCUACCGAUUAG